AGACCAUCCAACCAUUACACAUUAAUAACACACUUCUUUCCCAAUGUCCCGCAUUCGAAGUCGAAAAGGGACUAACCACUCCUCUACAGGAAGCACGCUGUCUGUCUCUGGUCGAAAAAAACAGAGGACGAUCGACUUCGAUGAUACUAUCGACUCCGACGGCGAACACGCCUAUGACGAAGACAGCGUCCAGGAUAGCAGYGACGAUGAGAUAGAGGAAGAGGAAACUUUAGACGCGAAGAAGGUUCGAUUGGCCAGGCAAUAUCUACAAAAAAUCGAGAAGGGAGAUGGUUCCGAUGAAGAUAACAGCGACAGCGAUGAGGAUAGCGACGACGAGGACGGAGCGGAGCACGAUCGCAUUGGUGCCAAACUCCAGAGGCAAAGACUUCAACGUGACGGAAMAUACGAACAGGAUGUCGCGGACAAGGUUCGUGCAAGUCUUGAUCGUGCGAGAGAAUCCCUUCCAUCGGCGGGGGUGUGGGAGGGAGCCAAGCAAGAGCAGCAAGCCAAGGAGUACAUCGCAUCGGGAAACGUUCGGCUCUUGCGAGGUCACGAUUUGACACCCACGUGUGUGGCUCUCCAACACGACGGUACGAGGGCUAUUAGUGGAAGUAAGGAUCAUUCUGUGAUUAUCUGGGACGUUCAAGAAGAACGUCGCGCUACGACUCUCUGCCCAUCCUGGAAAAGAGAAACCGAAGAAGAGAGAGAGGCCACACCACGAACCCUUGGUGAGGUGCUUUCGGUAGCUUGUUCGGACGAUGGACGGUACGCAGCUGUUGGAAGACGAGAUUCUACUGUUUGCAUCUAUGACAUUCGAUCAAAUGCCAAGACAAAUCUGGUGAAGACAUUUACUGGUCACAAAGGACCCAUCACCAGCCUUGCGUUUCGAACACAAUCCCUGCAGCUUUUUUCUGGGAGCGAAGAUCGAUGUAUACGGCAUUAUAACUUAAACGAAAUGAUGUAUCUGGAAACUUUGUACGGGCACCAGUUCGGCGUGACAGGAGUCGAUUGCCAUCUCAAGGAACGACCCGUCUCCGUAGGACGCGACCGGACAGGUCGGGUAUGGAAAAUUGCAGAAGAUACACACCUCAUCUUUCGGGGUGGAGCAAAGWUUGCUUCUGCCGACACCGUUCGGGUAAUGAAAGAAAAUUGGUUCCUCACAGGACACGAAGAUGGCAACUUGGGUUUGUGGAUGUCCGAAAAGAAACGAGCAGUUGUCAAUAUCAAUCAUGCUCACGGGAUCGUUGGUAAUAUAGGCCGAASCAUCAAUGCCAUAGGAUCACUUCGUGGAUCAGAUCUUGCCAUUACAGGAUCAUACGAUGGUUAUCUACGAUUGUGGAAAGUUGCAAUGGGAGAAACUAUUAAAAAUCGAAGCGUUGAGGCACUAGAUAAAAUCCCUUUGAGUGGUUGUGUAAACGAUCUUGCGAUAGGUCCAAAGGCUCGCUUUUGCAUCGCUGCGGUCGGCCAAGAACAAAAGCUAGGUCGCUGGAAUCGUAUUUCCGGCGCCAAAAAUCGCAUCGCAAUAGUGCGACUCCGAUCGAAAGAGGACGUUGCAGGCGAAGAUGAUACAAAGACAGAUGUUUAUGAGGCACAAAUGAGCAGUGACGACGACAGCCAGAGCGAUGAUUAUGCUUCGGACGAAUAAAAGACACUGCUACAUAAUUUUCAGAAAAAAUUAGCAAAUAGAUUUCUGCAAAAAUAUAGCUAGGUUAUGAUAAUAAUAACUCAAUAUACCGGAAUACUCUGAUGACAGCACGUAGUGCCGGAGUACUCUAACAACAGCACACAGCUUUUCGUUCAAUUUGAUUUCAGAUUGUUUACAGUCCAAAUUUAAGCAUAUUCUCGGAGAAUGGAGCCAUGACUUCUCCGCUGUAAGGUUGGACGAUACCCGUYAGUCCAGGGACAGAUCCAGGGAUGGUUGCCUCUGAAAGGAAACCGAAGAUACCCAACAUAGCAAGACGUCCAUUGUUGAUUUCGACCUUUCGUCCACGGGCCUUGGCUUCCUCGCUCUUGUUCUUGCUGAAACCAAGAGGAUCAUACAAGCUCUUGAAUGGAACAGGGUGGGGAAGUUCGUAUGUGUCGAAAUCUGGGAAGGCACCUGGCUUUCCUCCGUUCAUGUAAUGCUUGUGCUCAGGUGUUGCAAUUUCACUCCAGGCCUCCAAGAAGAAGAUGAGUCCGAAGAUUUGCCACUUGGCGGCGUCACUAACUUGGUCCCAAAGUUCAGGUGGGUUGGUUCCGGUAGGGAAAGGAGUUCCGUCCAUUUGCAUGGGCCAUGGGAACUUGAUUCCAUUUGCGUGGACAAUGUAUCCAACGAAGGCGAACAUGGCAACACGUCCGUGCCUGCAUCAAUCAACAAAGAGUGUAACAUGACAAUGACGGAAGACAUUAUAAAACACAUCGUUAGUU